AUGGAUGCUACAUCAGAGCCAAUAUUACCACCCAAAUUGUCAUCUCCAAAUUAUCAUAGUAAUUCGGAGACUGCUUCCCAUAGAUUUUGGACUAAGAUAUUUCAAGUCUUAGAAGAAUGCAAAGUCGAUGACUUUGGAGAAGGAUUGUACAAAAUGAUAGAUUAUACUUCUGAAUCAAUAAAAGGAAAUACAAAAGAAGCAUUACUUUCAAAAGCUUUCAUUGGCCAGAAAUCCUUGGAAGAGUUAAAAUUGAAGCACCAAAUGGUUCUCCAGCGAUUACCAUCUGAAAUUCCUAGCUAUGCAUACAAAAAGGGUACGAAGGGUAUAGUGAUGAUAGGUGGAGGCAGAUUUUCCUGGUUGUCAUACUUGUCGUUGAUUGGUCUUAGGGAAACUGGUUCUCUCUUGCCAGUUGAAAUUCUCCUUCCAUCCCCAAACGAUUACGAAAAUGAGAAGGAUUUCUGUGACACCAUAUUACCUCCAAUGAACGCAAAAUGUGUUCUUUUACUGGAGUCAUUAGGAGAAACUGUGUAUAGUGAGUGGAACAAGAAAUUUGCUAAUUAUCAGUUCAAAGCGUUAUCCUUGAUUGCUUCCUCAUUCGAACACGUCUUGCUUUUGGAUUCUGACAAUAUUGUUCUCUCGAACCCAGAUACAAUUUUUGGAAGUAGCUUAUACAAGCAUUAUGGAAUGAUUACAUGGCCCGAUUAUUGGUCCAGAACAAUUUCUCCAAAAUUUUACGAGAUUGCUGGAGUAGAUAUAAACGAGUCACAUAGGGUUAGAUAUAACAGAUUUCCGUUAAACGUUGCAUCAAGAGCUGAACCUAAUUUAAGCGGUUCAAAAAACAAAGGAGAUGUUCCAUAUCAUGACUUAGAAGGUGCUAUACCUGAUUUAUCUACUGAGUCGGGUCAAUUCUUUGUAAACAAAGGGACUCAUGGUAAGACUUUAUUAUUAGCAUUAUAUUAUAAUAUUUAUGGUCCUGAUUUAUAUUACAAGCUAAUGUCAUUAGGUGAACAGGGUGAAGGUGAUAAAGAUACCUUCGUUGCAGCUGCUAUAGUUGUGAAACAAAAGUAUUAUCAGUUGAAAUCCUUUAUAAAAACCAUAGGUUACAUUGAUUCAAAUAGUCAGUUUCAAGGUGUAGCCAUGGGACAAAUGAAUCCUUUAAAGGAUAAUGAACUAUUCGAAGAAGUGGUAAUCAAGCCUUUAUUUGACGAACAAAGCAAACCAUUGGAUAUAGACCAACAAAUUGAAUACCUUGAAAAGGUCAAGGAAGAAAGUUUCAGCCAGAACAACCAAGUUCCUAUUUUUGCAGUUCAUUGUAAUUAUCCCAAAUUGGAUCCUUUGCAAUUAUUAGCCAGAGAUGAUCUUUUCGAUAAAGAAAAACAGAGAUUGAAAUACAGAUUGUACAGCUCAUUUUCUUAUGAUUUGACUAUUGGUUCCAAAAGUUCGAAAAUUGAUUUUGAGUUGAAUCAAUGGAUUCAUAUGAGAAAGGUAAUCUGUGAGCAGAAAAUACAUUUUGUACACUUUCAAGAUGCUGACUUGAAUGAGCUUUGUAGGGUUAUCGAAAAUCAAAUUACAUGGUUAACAUCAUCAACUUUUAAGUCCAAUUAG